AUGCAGGUCCGCCACAGAAACACAGUCGAGCGCCUUGACAGGCCAAGCGCAUACUACCACAGCAGGAAUAAGCGCAGAAAGAACGACCCUCGCGAGGCCCGUGAGGCUCGCGACGCCGAAGACGCGGCCGCCUCCAAGAACGAGCCCCUGCCCGAGGACCCCCUCGCGAACGCCACGACCCUAUACGUCGGCAACCUGUCCUUCUAUACUACCGAGGAGCAGGUCUACGAGCUCUUCUCAAAGUGCGGCGAGAUCAAGCGCCUCGUCAUGGGCCUCGAUCGCUUUAACAAGACCCCUUGCGGCUUCUGCUUCGUCGAGUACUACACCCACCAGGAUGCCCUCGACUGCAUGAAGUACAUUGGCGGAACCAAGCUCGACGAGCGCGUCAUCCGCACCGAUCUCGAUCCCGGCUUCGAGGAAGGGCGGCAGUACGGCCGCGGCAAGAGCGGAGGGCAGGUACGCGACGAGUACCGGGAGGACUACGACGAGGGACGCGGCGGGCUGGGCAGGGCAAUCCAGAUGCAGAGGGACCGGGACGACCGGAUGGGUGAUUAUGAAGAGGCGGCACGAUGA